CUUGCCGACCCGAAAGUUAGGCAGCAACGCAACUUCCCAUCACCAUGGCCAUCUAAAUCGUCUCCGACUUGCACCUAGAGGCCUCGAAAGCCUACGACAUCUUCGAAAUUACCCCUCGAAUACCUUAUAUAGGCCUCCUCGGCGAUAUAGGCACUAUUGCAGCUCACAAAGAUGAUUGUCUUAGCUUCCUGACGCAGCAGCUCCGUCAGUUUCGCGCUGUACUAUUUGUGCCUGGAAACCAUGAGGCCUACCACUCCAGCUAGUCUGAAACACUUGAGAUUCUUCGCGAUUUCGAAGAAAAAACUAAAGGCGAUACCUCUUUGGGAGAAUUUGUCCUACUCGACCGCUCGAGCUUCAGGGUUCCAGACUCUAAGGUCGUCAUCUUAGGCUGCAGCUUAUUCUCCUUCAUCCCGCCACAAAGUGCAGAUUUGGUUAGCAUGGGGCUCAACGAUUUUGCCAGAUAAAUGACUGGGACGUUGGCAUGCAUGACGAGGCACACGCACGAGACCUUGCUUGGCUCAAUGCUCAGGUUACAGAACUCGACCAUUCUGAUGUCGAUAUCAUCUUCUCGCACUGGAGCCCUUCAAGAGAUGGCCACUCUAUUGAUCCAAGGCAUGCGCAAAGCCCAAUUACCAGUGGCUUUGAGACAAAUCUGUCCGGGGAAGUAUGCUACAACAGCAGCAACGUUAAGACAUGGGCAUUUGGUCACACGCAAUACAAUUGCGGCUUCGAAGUGGAGCGAGAAGGUCACACCAAGCCUUUGAGACUAGUUGCAAACCAACGAGGAUACUACUUCGCACAAGCCACAGGGUAUGAUGGGGACAAGGUCAUUGAAUCAUGAAGAGACAGACUAGAUUCAAGCAAUACCGCCGUAGUCCCUUCGUGAUCAUGAUCAAGGAUAGGGACUGCAAGCAACGGUCGCGAAAUGAGACAGGAUAACAAUGAUAGAAACAGGUUUGCGCGCUGGCGGAAAGACAAUCGUUUAUAGAAUGUCAAGAUAGCUGAACCAGCAGAGACUAAGACGCUGCUUCCAUCACUUCUCGGGUUUACCACCAUGAGCAUCAGCAUCAGCGAUGCAGAGUCCAAUAAAAGCUGGCUGCACACUAUCGAGACUGAUCGGCCCAUCUCUCGUCCAGGGCUUGUGCAUCCAGGGCAUCAGUGCGCUUUUUAGACGCCU